AUGUCGUCGCAUUCUGGAGAUGAUAAUACUUCCGGUCAAAGUCGUCCCGCCGCCGCCGCAUGUGAGGCUUGUCGGAAACUGAAGAUGAGAUGCAUCCGACCAAGGGAGCAAGACAAGAAUCUGGCAGAACCAUGUCAACGGUGUAAGCGUACCAACCGCGAGUGCAAUAUCCCAGAGCCGAGAAAGCUUGGGAGAAAGCGCGGUGCGACAGGACGCUAUCAAGGAAUUGAAAAAGCCUAUCGGAAAAUGCAGCUGGAAUUAAAGAAGGCGAAAAUAUCUCAUGCAGGAGAAAAUGAAAUAGAUCAUCUCAUCGCCGGCGAAGAGCCAAUGCUAGAGCUCUUAUUUUCAAACCCAGCUGAGACAAACGGCCCCGCGCAGACAUCACCGGAGCUGGGAACUGAAGGCUCUUGCGCCCCAUGUUUUGAAUCAAUUAUGCCAACUGUGCGAGACAAUGAGCAAUUAGGAAACACUGUCUCUCCUGCCUUCCGCACUGGAGAUAUCUCUCAGUCCAAUCGUGAACCAAUCAGUAAUCCUCUGGCCUUGCUGGCAGAUGCGUCCGAUGCCGCCCAGGCGCUGGAGCUACACUCAAUAUCUACAAACUCUUCCCCAGAAACAAAUGACUCAUGUUCCGCGAGGCAGUCGUCGACCGGCCUGUCAACUGGAGCAAGCCUGGGUCGUCAACUGCUUCAUCGGCCAGGUUACGUGUCGCUUGGCCUACAACUGAGCAGAGAUACUCUUGAAGCAGGAAUCGAUUCCCUGGUUGUUCCUUCUGAACACCCAUACCGUUACCUAAACUAUUUCAAAUCGUCCCCACAGGUGCCUCUACGCGAUGUUGGCCCCGAUGUUGACCCAGUGGAUCUCGGUUUGGUGACUAUGGAUGAGGCUUGUUAUCUGUUUCCAAUAUAUUUUAUUCGCUUGCAUCCAGUAAAUGGAAUCCUGGACCCGAUGCUUCACACUCCAGAUUUCGUACGCUCUCGAUCGGCUCUUUUGUUCACCUGGAUACUGGCUUUAACUGCACAAUUUGAUCAUGGGUCAGCAUCGGUCGCUAAAAGAUUACGUCUCCAUGGUGAAAAGCUUUCAAAGCAUGUCCACACUUGCGGAUAUAAGUCGGUUGAGGUCGUGCAAGGCUACUAUAUCUCAUUAUUAUCAGCAACUCCUGCAGAAACACUGGCACAAGAGCGCUCGUGGCUAUACACAAUGUAUGCAUUUGGUGUAGCAGCCGAGCUCGGUCUAGACCAAGAUUCGCGUAUCAAAGAUGCCGCCCCUCCGAACUCGAUUAAUGCUUCCUAUUUUCGAAGCCAGGAUGCAGCCCCAACAUCAUUCCACGAAAAUGAUUCGUCACGCUUAUUACUAGAGCAUCCAUCGAGAGACCCCAUUGACAAUCAACGCAUGGCACGAAAUCGCGAGAGAACUUGGCUAAGGAUUUUGCUAUGGGAACGGGCGAACAGUGCAGCCUGUGGUAGAAUACACACUUUCCCUGAAACAGACUUGACACAAAGUGUCGACAGUUGGUGGCUGCACCACCUGGCAGACCCCACAGACAAGCACACAUGUGCGUUUAUCACUCUGCGACGAAUUCUAGCGUCACUACAGAAUGAACUCAGGCAUCAAGCUCACCUGACACAUGCGGACCCUCAUUGGGUACGAGAAAUGGUUGAUACAAGUCUUAGACCCUGGUGUGAUCUCUGGCUUUCACAUCCAAUGCCAAACCUAAUCACAUCACCGUCUGAAAAGCUAUCGAAUAUUUUCCUUCAUUAUGUUUAUCUUCAUGGGAGGCUAUGGACCUUGUCGUUUGCCCUUCAUGGUUCAAUAAAUGGCGACCAAAAUAUGGAUGCAAUCCGAGCAGAUUGCUUCGAGGCUGCGGUUAACUCCUGCGAGCUGGCCGUGCGGGACUUGCAGAAUAUAGGGGAGCCAUUAUACUGCAUGUUAGCUCCGACAUGGGCUAUGAUAUCCUAUGCUGGGGUUUUGGCCCUCAAGUUAUUCCCGGCCUUGUAUGGGUCCCGCGUCGGAAAUGACGUGGAACUUCUCGCUUUACUCAGCCAAGUCGCUAUCCAAUUAGAGCGUGCAGGCACAACCCCAUCGCAUCGGUUUGGGAUUGCUGCAUUGCUUGGACAGCAUCUCAUGAUGAUCCUGAGAGCCAGAGCAGUGGGACUGAGGGACUCAAGUCAACUUGGCCAGACCAGAAGAGAUGCCUCUUAUACCAACACAGGUUUCGAUGACGGAGCGAGACAAUUUAUGUCACAGCACUCCCCACAUUCAAAACCAUACGAAGCUCUCAUUUCUGAUUACGAUCCUUUUCUAACUACAGCUUCAAUGUCUACACAGGGGGAUCUCACUGGUGAGGGGUUUGCUGAUUUCUUCCGGGAAAUGUUUGGGCCGGGAUUCGGGGGUGUCUUUUGA